AUGAGGAGCAAGACCACCGUGUCCUGCCCUGAGCUCAGCGCCGGCUGCCGAACCCUCUCGGCCAGCUCCACGAAUGAAGAACACUUGGAGUUCAAGAAGGCUUUGUAUAGAACGGAUGCCAGGAGCUCCCUAGACCUGCGAAACAUGACCGUUUCCGGCAGCGUGACCUGGGACACCUCCGCCCUGGAGACAAGAGCAGGCGAUGGGAGAGAAGAAAGCACUUUAGAGAGACUCUCUGGCUUGAAGGACUCGAAGGACUCGCGGUGCGUAAAGGAGUUGGCCUUCGCCGUGGAGUCCCAGGUUGUAAAUACUGUGCAGGUGGAUCCUGAGCAACUGGAGAGCGACUCCGAGGACCCGGAUGGUGGCAAGGUGGCAGCAGAGAUGCCCAGCCCUUGCGCUGGGGCAACUGUUGGCGGUGGGGAAGAGAAAUAUCUUAAAAAUGAACCAAAGCAACUUGAAGGCCUCAGCAAAGAGCACUUAGAUAAAAGCAAGAGGGGAAUCCAGAGGGUCGACUGGAUUUCCAGACACAGCAAAAGCCCAAGUCCUCACUACAAAGACAUAAGCAAGCCGACAGAUGUAGCAACCAACUUGCCCUUUCGGGGACAGGCCGUGCGUGAAGUGCCUCCACCGCUGACGCCGACGGUGUUCAGAAAAACGCUAAACCCUGUCCACGGCAAGUCCAAAUCCCUGGAGAGCUCCUCGUCCCACAGGAAGGGGCUGAUGGUCGACUCGGACUUGGGCGAGAUCAACCCACUCAACACAACUGAGUGGACAAUCCAGAAGCCAGGUCUUCAGCUGGGCGCGGACCUCGGCAUCGGCAAACAGUCCUGGACGGUAAACGCUGAAGACUCGGUGGAGCGGAUCCCGUUGAUGUCUCUGGAGCCCGCUCCCUGCAGCUCCUAUGACAUCGAGAUGAGGCCCUACGUGUGCAGCGUCUUGUUGGAGGAGCAGGGGAAAGAGGAGCUGGGGCCGGAGGAGGACCCUACAGUGUACACCUGCAUUGAGUGCAGCAUUUACUUCAAGAAGAAGGAACAUUUGAUGGAUCACAUGCUUCAGCAUAACCGUGGACCAGGGAGGGACCAAGACAGAGAUGCUGUGGGAGGACAGUGUCAAUUCUGCUGCAACGAGUGCGGAUGGGCCUUUGGAGAUCCCACGUCUUUGGAGCAGCACAAAAGGCUCCACCAAGAGUCUCGGGAAAAAAUUAUCGAAGAGAUCCAGAAGCUGAACGAGUUUCCAGACGAAGGGCGAGAAGCCCGGCUGCAGUGCCCCAAGUGCGUCUUCGGCACAAACUCCUCCAAGAUCUUUGUCCAGCAUGCCAAGAUGCACGUCAAGGAGAGGAAGGACCAAGGGGCAAAGAACAUGAAUCUCUUUGGAAGCAUGGGUAGCGGAGAAAUACGGGAUAGCCCCGUGCACGGCAUCUACAAACACUUCAAACCAAAUGAACACGUGUCCCUGCAGAUGCAGGUACCACCUCACGGCAGCGGCAAAGGGCUCAGCACCUGUAUGCUUUGCAGCUUCCCGGCCCCCAACGAGAACAUCCUCAAGGAGCACAUGAAAUACACCCAUUCCCACCUCUCCUGGGACACGGAGGUGUAUGAGGAUGAUCCCAAUCAACCAGGAACUAGCAGAGAUGCCUACAGCCCGGCCAGGCCAGGCCGGUUUGCAGAGACGGAUUAUUUCGGCAAAACAGACCGGCUUUUCCCUCCGCCUCACCAAGAAAGCACAUCGCAUUACGAAGCGGUCCACGGUUUCGCCCUAACUCACCCAAGACUCGACAAAAGCAACGGGGCUAGUAAAAAGGACUACCAGACGUCAGGGUUUCAUGCCAGGAAAGCAGCUCCGUAUGCCGCCCCACAUAAAAACCUGGGGCUCUCCAGUUUUCCCUCCGCUAAAGCUUAUUCCCAGUUUGCUCUGCAGCAGCUGAAAAAAAAAGCGGCAGCUCAGCACCUUGAAGGAGAAGGCGACGGUCUCAGGAGCCACCCGAUGGGGCUGGAGGACCUCAGGCACAAGUGGAUGUUGGCCGGCGAUGCUGGGAGCAUGGAAGAGGAGAUCUCCGUAAGCGCAGAGAUAGAUUUGGGCGAGAACAGAGGCAUCAAACCCGUCACCAUCCCUCAAGCUGCCUUAGACCUCAAGAGGACGUUCAGAGACACCUUGAAAGCCACGGACUCUUCGAUAGCUUCGGAGGAGCAGCAGCAACAGUUGCGGAAGAUGGUCCCCAUCAUCCUCCUGGAGGAGGUGAACCUGCACCCCAAGGCGACGAAGCGACCCCGGGGAAAGCCGUUCAAGAAGAAAACAACGCUCCCUUCCCAGGAAUUCAUGAUGGAAGAGCCCCUUCCCUUGGAUAUGCUCCUGUUGGACACUCCUCUGGAGGGUCCUCUGGAGCUUGAUGACCUCUUGGACUCCGACUCCCCCAUGCUGAAGAACGAGGAAAGGAAAUGUCCCUACUGCCCAGACAGGUUUCACAACGGGAUUGGGCUGGCGAACCACGUGCGGGGCCACCUCAACAGGGUGGGGGUGAGCUACAACGUCCGUCAUUUCAUCUCAGCGGAAGAAGUGAAAGCUAUUGAGCAAAAAUUUUCCUUCCAAAAGAAGAAGAAAAAAGUUGCAAACUUCGACCCGAGUACUUUCAGCCUGAUGCGAUGCGAAUUCUGCGGGGCCGGUUUCGACACGCGAGCGGGUCUCUCCAGCCACGCCAGAGCCCACCUGAGAGACUUUGGUAUUACCAACUGGGAACUCACCAUCUCGCCCAUUAACAUCCUCAAGGAGCUGUUGGCCAACUCAUCGGAGCAUCCGAUGCUGCAAGCGGCGAUGGGAGCGGAGCCCUCGUCCCCGAGCCGAGAGAGGGAAGCUCACGGCUUCGUGCCUCGCAAGAGCAUGACCCCCAUGUCCGAGUGCAGCAUUCCACGGUCUCCUCUGUCCCCGUUCCCCCCGUCCUGGGGAGAUGAGUCCCUACAGUCCUACAGAGACACCCAGAACCUUACGACGUGCGAAGUGUGCGGCGCCUGCUUCGAAACCCGCAAAGGCUUAUCCAGCCAUGCCCGUUCUCACCUCCGGCAACUCGGUGUAGCCGAAUCGGAGAGCAGCGGGGCUCCCAUCGAUUUGCUUUACGAACUGAUGAAACAAAAAGGCAAACCCGACGGCAGCCCCAUGUCUUCCACCCUCGGCAAAAAAUCCGGUUCCCCCAAAGACGCCACCGCUGCCGCGUCCCCUCGCCCCACGCUCCUGGCGCUUGGCAAGGCCGGCGAUCGCUCGUCGGAUGGUCCCGUUAAUAAAGCCAUCAAAUCCCCUCCCGGCUUCUCAAAAAACCUCUCACAACCGGGAUCCCCCAUCCUUAAGAAGGUGGCACCCGCUCUUUCGGGGUCCCCGUCUCCGAAAAACCAUGAGGAGAAGAGCUCCAAGCUCUCGCUGAGCCCUUUGCAGAGCUCCCCGAAAGCGCAGUGGCCGCAGGCGGAUGAGGAAGGACCCCUCAAUUUAACCUCGGGGUCGGAGCCGGUGCGAGAUAUCCGGUGCGAGUUUUGCGGCGAAUUCUUCGAGAACCGCAAAGGUUUGUCGAGCCACGCUCGAUCCCACCUCCGACAAAUGGGGGUGACCGAGUGGUACGUCAACGGCUCGCCCAUCGACACGCUCCGGGAGAUCCUCAAACGGAGAACUCAGCCGCGGAGCAGCACCUCGAAUCCCAGCGGUCCCGGGCAAAAAGCCAUGGCCAAGACCCUCUUGGGCAGCAUGGGAUCCUUGGAGCCUCGCGGACCCGGAGAGAUUCACAUCCCCACCCUCACCAAGAAGGUCCAGCAACCCGGCAGCCCCAUGGGGCAAUCUCCUACCUCGUCCCCACCUCCCACCGCCCGGAAGAUGUUUCCAGGCCUUUCUCCUCCCUCCUUGCAGAAGAAACUCAAACAAGAUCAACUGAGGCUGGAAAUCAAGCGGGAGAUGAUGUCGGGAGGACUCCACGGAGAACCUCACCCGUCCGACCAAGCCUGGUCCCCGCGGGAGGAGAUGUCUCCUUUGAACCUCUCCUCCCGAGCCGACCUGGUGCGAGAUAUCCGGUGCGAGUUUUGCGGCGAAUUCUUCGAGAACCGCAAAGGUUUGUCGAGCCACGCUCGAUCCCACCUCCGACAAAUGGGGGUGACCGAGUGGUCGGUCAACGGUUCGCCCAUCGACACGCUCCGAGAGAUCCUCAAGAAGAAAUCCAAACCUUGCAUUAUCAAGAAAGAACCUCACACCUCCAGCAUCGAACCCCCUAAAUCCAUGGGGGAGGAAGGGACGGACCCCAAGUCUCCCGGAAAAAUCCUACAGGGAAUGGCCCUGCCUUCCCUGGGCGGGCGGACGGGGAAACCCGGCCCCGGCGGUUCCACUUUGAACCGGGAGAUCUCAUUGUUGCCUCUCACCAGCAAACCCCAAGGCGGUUUCCUGACGCCGUUAUCUGCCAAACGGCCGUUACCGGACGAUCGGUUGGGUCCUCACGCCGAAGUCAAGCACAAAGCGUACAUCCAGACCGAGCUGCCCUUCAAAACCAAGUCCGUGCACGACAAACCGGCGCACACGUCCGGCGAAGCCUGCUGCGAACUGUGCGGCCUCUACUUCGAAAACCGCAAAGCCUUGGCCAGCCACGCGCGGGCGCACCUCCGGCAAUUCGGCGUCACCGAAUGGUGCGUUAACGGUUCGCCUAUCGAGACCCUCAGCGAAUGGAUCCGACACCGACCCCAAAAAGCCGUCGCUUACCGCAGCUACAUCCAAGGCGGCCGACCCUUCACUAAGAAAUUCCGUAACUCUUCCCACGCCCGGCAUCACAACGGCGGGGAUGCCGCUCAGCCUUCAAGCCGGCGGCGUCACCCUUCUGAACAAAGGAUUGAUGGGAGAUUUGGCUCACGGCGACGCCGGAAAAAUCCUGGAUGGGGGAAGCGGCGGUGA